UCCUUGCUUAUAACUUCCGCGAUACUGAACCGAUCAACUUCAGUCCUGAUUACCUUCCGCGUUUAGGCAUGGCCUCACAGAUAAACCAAUCACUCCAGCAGCAGGACUUUUCUGCCGUUGCACUGCUGGAUAAGGGUGCUGAAAAAAUGAAAGCAUUCCGCAGCUUACUGGAGACAUCCCAUCUAGGAAUAUUUAAAGUCCAUCUCUCUCAAAUGGUCCCCCUCCCUGGAAAUCGGAUGAUCCAGCAGAACUUUGUCAAUGACCACGUGCAAGCAUGGGGUGAUGCAAUUGACAGGGUGAACCAUCCCAUGUCUGGGCUGCUGCUCUAUGCCGAGAGAGUAGCACCUGAUGCAGAGGGCUUCCUCCCAACUCAGUUCAAGGUCCAAGUCUGCCAUGGACAACAUCGCAAGCUAGUUAUGGAGGAAAUGAUUCGCCAAACGCUUGUUUCUCAAUACAAGGGGCAACACAAUGCAAAGCUUUCUGCAUCACACAAGUUCCCCAUUGACGAACUGUAUGCACAUCGAGAUGCAUACUGGUGGAUGAAUGUAUACUCACAAUCCCUUCAAACUGAAUCCAAUGGCAUGUUUCUAACCUGGGUCUUGGCUGAUAAUGUGCAGCACAACAAAGCCCCCAACUUGUGGGGAGAUCUUAUUUCUGCCUUCCUUUCCUUUGUCUCAGAAUCAAAUCCCAAGCCAGCCCCCUUGGAUUACCAGGUGUGGUGGCAGACCAUUUCUGGGAACAACAAAGCAAUCAGUGACUUGAAGGGGAUCUUUCGUUCCUCUGAAAUGGUGAAGGCUUUGUAUGUAUUGAGACACAUACCUGCAUUUGUGCAGGAUGAGAGAAAGACUCUGGAGGAAUGUGCAAAAGGAAUGCAGAAUUUUUUUGCAUCUGCUAUUGAGAUAUCCAUGUGGCAGCUGGCAAUUAUUUGUCAGAAAAAUGUGGACCAACCUCUCCCUCCUCAUGAGGUUGCUGACUGGCAAUUCAUCAAUAAAGAGAACCUUCCAACCACACGUGGUUGUGCUGGGGUCUCAUUCAAGGCCAUUAAAGAUGCAUUACAAAAUUCUCUAUCAAAUAAGAAUACUGCUGGGCUGAAGGUGACAAGUUGGGAGUGGAAAGAGUUUAAGAGGGCUCAGAACGCCCCUAAAAAUUUUCCAGGAAAUCUGUUGCAGCCAAAGGGUGCUGGCCCAUGGAUCUUUCAGCCUGACAUGUUUUAUCAUCCUGAUCACAUCAUGACAAGAGGGAGUCCACUCCAUUUGAAAUUAGAGGAAAUCCGUUUCUGCUUUGAAUGUUUUGUUGGCUUUAUUUGGGGAAAAAAUGCAAUGAGGUCAAUCAGUCCUAGGGGAGGGGUGUAUAAUGAAGUGUUCUAUAGGGCAUACUUCACCCCUGGGCCUGAGGCAUUUUAUGACACACUCAUACCUCAUCUUGUUGGGAAUGAAACUUGGGACUCCAAUGACCCAACUUUACCUGCACAAAGGAAGAUCAGUGGGCAUUGGAUUGUAAAGCAUUUCAUAGCAGACCAUGAGAAUUACCAGAAAAUUACUCAACACGAUGGGGAUACCAUAGGGGGUCGGGAUCGCUUGGACCGUCAAAGUUUGGAACGCAUGGCAAAGCUCAGUGAACCCUGGUACCACAUCCUUGCAUCAUUCUGUCCUUUUAAUGCAGAGGGUGCUUACCUAUUUCCCCAAAGUAAUUGUCUAUUCCCUGCUGAAUCACCCUCAGGGCUGAUGCGGGAUGAGGUAAUAAAACGCCUUCCUCCUCCCCUAAAGGGGAGUCUUCCUCCUGCCCCUCCAUCUCCUCCAUCUCCCCCUGGAUGGGGUCCUAAUGAGCCUUACCCAUCACCACCUACAAUCCCUCCAAAGCCAGGCCCCUCUGGCUCAGGGUUAUCAAGUGUCAGCCAUUCUGGCACUUCAAGGCCAUCAAUUGUUGGGCCCCCUGGAGCCCAGCCUCUCACUGCUGGCUCACCAGAAGUUGAUCCAUCUGCAGGUCCUAGUAGGAGCUCAAAGCCACCUCGCAUUGGUGGUACAUCACAUUCAAAAGUUAAUGCACCAUCUUAUCCUCAUGGAUCCUCUUCACCAGCCCUUCAUGAAAAGGCAGUCCAUAAAAAAGUUGCAAUGAGAAACAAGGCACCUGAGCUGGAUAUUGGUGGUGGACAAAUGAGGGGAGGAAUGCCUGGCACAUCUGCAAGACAGAAUUUGCCUGCAAGCAAAGAAUCUACUUCCCAAUACAUCAAGAUGGAGGAAAUUCAAAAGGCAGUUGUGGAGCUCUUCAUGGGUGAAAAUGUGGAGAGGAAGUUUGGAAUGAACCUGAAGCAGAGGGAUAACCUGGUGAGCAAUCUGAAGCAUAUCUUCUCAAACAGGGAGAUGGCAGAAAGCAUGUUGGCAAGGCCAGAUGCAUGUGUAUCUCUGGCAGGAGAGUUGUACCAAGUAGGACUUCAUUCAACCACUAGGCCAACUCCAAGGAGGCAUUGGAUAGUGGAGUCAGAUUCAGAUCAGAGUGGAGAGGGUCAGGAUAUGGCACCCUGACCAUUCCUUAGGCAUACAGGCACUCUAAGGGUGUGAGGCUUCUCCAACAUCAAUGGACUUGUGUAUGGUGUGAGUUGAGCCCCCAACAUGUAUAUACAAACAGCACAGAUGGUAGUCAUGUG